AAUGGCCUUGCCAAUGGCAGCUAAGUGCUGGUUAAUGAUGCGCCUAUGGAAAAAAAUGCUCGCUAAGGGUGAUGCGACAGCUUUUCUACCAAUCAUGAACUACGCCUUCACUUCUUACUCCACUCAUUUGACUGAGCAGCUUGUGGCAAAUGGAGUGGAACUUGCAGGAAAAAAUGACCUGCGAUUUAUUGAAGCUGUUUAUAAGGUACUACGAGACCAGUUCCAGUAUAAACCAGUGCUCUCAAAGGACCAAUUUCUACAUUGUGGGUUUGCAGAACGAAAGAUACAGAUUUUGUGUGAUAUAAUCAAUAUUGUGACAAACCGACACAAGGAAAUGGACGGUUUCAACAAGAUCAAGUUACAACCAAAGAAAAAAACACAUUUUAUAAAGCCAAAGAGUGAAGGAUUACUUCCCAAAGUUGUACCACCUGAACAAAAUGUUACGAUAAAACCGUUGGUAGAACGACAUUUAGGCAAUGAAGCUUUGCAAACCAAUUUAUGCAGUCCUGAAAUUGAGGUUACUGAAGACAAUUCUGUGAAUUUGAAUGAAUUCAUCAAAGAAACUACUUGCAAAUGUGAAGAAUCAAACUGCCAUUCAGAGAUUGAAAUGCUGAAGUGUCAGAUUGCUGAAUGCCAAGAGAAGCUCAAGGUACUGGAUGUGGUACAAAGUAAGUUGCAGACUUUAGAACGUGAAACAGAAGGAAAGGUGAUCAUAGAUGAGAAGGACUGGAACAAUCUGAUGAGCCGUGUUAUUCUGUUAGAAACUGAGCUGAUGCUCCGUUCAAAAAAGAGCACUUAUUCUUCUGAUUUCCCUGUCACGAAUGAAGAAUGUUCUUCCAGCAGCAUGGCGAACCAUAAUUUUACAGAUGGAGAGAAAAGAGUUGAGACGCCACAGAGUAUUCUCUAUCAUUCAUCUGGUUACACCUCGCUUCUAUCAGCAGAUGAAUCACCCAAGGCAAUGAACAUCAAUUUACUAGGUUUGACAGAAAGCUCGAAGAAAGAAGCAAUGCAGCAUACGGUGGAUAGGAUAAGCAAAAUGAUUGAAGAAACUUCAGAUUUGUUGAAGUGUACAGAAAAUCCUCUUUAAACUGUCAUAAUAUUGUGAAGGUGCGACACCAAAACAUUGUAUGGAUCUUAAUGUAUUUAUGCUGAAGUAUUUCUGUUGAUAAAUAAUGAUAUAUAUAUAUAGGUUUGUAUUGUAUAUAUUAUGACAUUUUGAUUGUUCUUUUUCUUCACCAAACAAAUUAAUGAUACUUUAAAAAUGCUGUAAAUCAAAACUAAUAGAGGUAAUUUCAAACAACUCAAAAUGAUCAAAGUGAAACCAGUGUCAAGUUAGAUUCAACCUGUACAAAUUAUAUGACCUGAAUAAAGAUUAAUUUGGUAUUUUUCUUCCUUUUGUACAACUUUCCUGUAAUAGUUCAGCUAUGCAGUUUCAGCACCAUCUAGUGUUACAUUUUCAGAAUACAAAGUACAAAAUCAUCACAAUCUGUACAUUGUAUUAAUUACCUGGGAUCUAAAACAUUUUUUCCAGUUCAGAUUAUCUUUUAUUUGAUGCCCAUGUAAAAAAAUUUGGAUGACCUUUGAGCAGAUUAAUUUAACUUUCAGUUGUCUCUAUGCAAUAAACAGAUGAGCUCUGGACUUGAUUGUAACUUGAUUGAUUGCAACAUUGCCUAUCUCCGCCACUACCUCACCCCUCAGGCCACUG